AUGGCGUCAUUUACGACCGCCAUUACCGACCGCACCAAAUCGGUCGGUUAUAAUGGGCGUGGGUCCCGCUCAACACCGUUCCUUCAGCUGACAUGGACGCCACGCCGAGGUCGCGGGUUCGAUUCAGGGAGAUGUGUUUUUUUUUCACUCCAUUUACACUUACUUUCCCGGGCUCAAUUUUGGCAAAUUUUGGCAAAAGUUAAAACACGCGCUCUCUCAAAACGCAGCGUUUCACUCCUUGCACGACGUCGUUUCCUCAAUUUUCAGCAUUAUCUCAAUCAUUACGUUCAUCUCUCCCAACUCUCUCUCAACACUCUCUCGAAUCUCUCUCUGCUAUGGCGCCAAAAAAAGACAAAGGCAAAAAGAAAAUGGCUAUUUCUCAAGGCAAUUGCGGAGGCAACUAAGGAUGUCACCGAUGGUGAGAGUUCGGAGAAUGACAUUGAUGAGGAUGAUGAUGGGAUGGCGAUGAGGAAGAUUGAAGUGAAGCUACCUAGCUAGAUGCAUUAUUGGUAGGGAUGCUGAUUUUGUUAAAACAUUGCUUUUGGCUUUUGAUUGUUCAGCUGUAACGUAUAUGAUUGUUGGCUUUUGUUGGCUUUUGGGUGAUUGUUCAGCUGUAACAUUUAUGUCGUACUGAAUUUUAUAACUGUUCUUGUUUAAAUAUAUGAAUGCUUGUUGGCUUUUAAA